AUGGACGGCCCCUCCCUGGCGGCGCUGCGGCACGUUUGCGCAGCCGAGGCGCGGCAGCUCGCCGCCGCAGGCUUCAGCGCGCUGCCGCAGCUGCUGCACGCGCUCCGCGGCGCCGGCGGCGGCGGCCAGCAGCAGCAGCAGCAGCAGCAGCAGCAGCAGCAGCAGCAGCAGCAGCAGCAGCAGCAGCAGCAGCAGCAGCAGCAGCAGCAGCAGCAGCAGGGCGAGCGGCGACGGGCGCUGCAGGCGCUCGAGAAGGCGCUCGGCCCAGCGGCGGCCAAGGAGGCGGCGGCGGUGUGCGACCGGAUGCCGCUCUGCUCGGUCUCCUGGCGCGCGCCGCGGCCGGCGCCGCGGGCGCGGCCGCGGGACGGCGACGGAAAGGGCGGGUCCGAGGGGCGGCAGCAGCAGGACGAGCGGGAGGCGGAGGGGCAGGACGAAGAUCAGAUGAUCUUGGAGGUGGAGAUCGUGCGGCUCGGCGGCAGGGGCCCUGGCGGCGGCGGCGGGGGCGGGGCAACGGCCCCCAGGGUGUACGCGCCUCGGUUCCCCAAGCUCAAGGAGGAGGGGUGGUGGCUGGUGCUUGGGGACGCAGCUUCCCGGGAGCUGAUGGCGCUGCGGCGCGUGAGCUUUGGGGGCCGCGGGACGACGGUGCGGCUCGCGUUCCCCAGGCGCGGCGCGGAGGCCGCCGCGGCGCGGGCCUUGGCGCUGGCGGCGGGCGGCGGCGGCUGGGCGGCGGGCGGCGCCGGCGGCGGGGAUGGGGAAGGGGCCCCCGACGACGAGGAGGAGGAGGAGGAGGAGGAGGAGGAGGGUUUCGACGACCCGUGGGCUCAUUUGGACGGCGGCGGAAGUGGCACGCCAGGAGGGGGCGACGGGGGCGUGUGGGAGGACGAGCCCGCCCACUGA